AGCCUUCCCCAUCGACACCACCGCACGUUUGCGCCAACAACGACUCACCACGCGCCAACUCUACCUCGCUUGUCCGUUUGCUUGUCGUGCAUUUCUGUGCGUGUCUCAGCCGAUCGAUCAGGAACCAUCGAGAAUGCGAUUUCGCGCCAAACACGUCUCGUAAAGUGGUUCGCGUGGAAAGGCCUAGGAGGAGCGGCGUUGCGCUGGAACUGGAAUGAAUGCGCGGAGCGUCGCCCUUUGUCGGACGCUCGUCGCAUCUUCUUCCUCUCACUCCGGUGACUUGCUGUGUGACGGUCACGCAGUGCCAUUGCAGCCAUGGCUCGUCAAGCCGCGAAUCUCGAAGAUGCGCUGAACAAGAAGGGUGGUCUGACACUGUCCCAACUCGCCAACUACGACGACUGGGCCACCGAUGCGCUUGUUGACAAGAUUUACUUCUGGUCUCACAUCCGCAAACUCAAGGCCACCUAUCAUGGCAGUCGACAUAUCACUCAAGAGGAGAUGUGCAAGAUAUUACAGCAGGAAGUUGUCAUUAAUCAGAAUGCUGGCAAGGCGCAAGAGCUGUUAUUGAAGACCAAGGGCAUUGCAGCCUUCCACAAGGCUCUGCGCACCGAGGAUGAACGGGAGCACUUCGUGCGGCACCUGCGGCAGUAUAUUGAUAUGUGGCUACCGAGCUGCCCAUUCGAAGUAUGCACGACCAAUCGUUAUACCAUCACGACUGCCGAAGCAAGCAUUGUGGCGCGGAAGAAUAUUCGCAAGGAUACCGAGAUCGAAUUCCUGCGAGGCAUCCAGGUGGAGAUGACGGAGCAGGAGGAACGCGAGCUAUCCAGCAACACCGACUUCAGCAUUGUCAUCACGAGCCGCCGUAAACGCCCUUCACUAUUUCUUGGCCCCGCGCGAUUCGCCAACCACGACUGCAACUCAAAUGCUCGGUUGCAGACUAAGGGAAUGCACGGUAUACAUAUUGUGGCACGCAGAAAUAUCGUCGUUGGCGAAGAGAUCACGGUCACAUACGGCAAGGACUACUUCGGUGAGGAUAAUUGCGAAUGUCUGUGCCACACGUGUGAGAAGCUCCAGCGCAAUGGCUGGGAUCCGCGUGGUCCCAUUAUCCAUGACGACAGCUCUAGUGAGGAAUCCGACGAUGAAGAAGAAUCUCGGCCAUCGACACCAAAGAGGCGCCAUACGGACAACAGUGCGUCGAGGAAGAGAAAGCGCCAGGAUGAGGCUGAGGACCUUGAUUCUAGCUUGAUGAGUCGCGGAAGACCGCGGAAGCUUGCACGGCCGGAUGAUCAGCUCACCGGCAGGAAAGAAAGCCUCGACGAGGACCGCAAUGAACGCGAUGGCAGGGGUCGAUUUAAAACGAAAGACACACCUCCUUCGCGAGGGAAGAAGGGUGCGCCUCGCUCCGCACCAACAAAACUUGGCAAAGUCACAAAGAACAGGAAGAGUGAUCCCGACGAACCAUUGCUCGAAAAGAUAUACCGGCUUCUUGGAGGCGUAGCGGAUCGCUCAGAUCGCAAGCAGCGUGGGCUUUCUGCGACUGAUCCGAUUGUCAUCACGCCACCAGAAAGCUCGGACGAGGAAAAAGAAGAAGGCGCUGAUAAGGAGCAAGAUGAGAAAAGUGGAGAUGAGGAAACAAAGCACGUCGUGGAGGUCAAGGCAGAGAUCACAUCGAACAAUCGAACCGUUAUUCGCGGCAAGGGAGGCAUGUUUGUGAAGAAGUCUGCACUCCAAAAGGUUGAAGUCGACACUGCAGUGAAAACUUCACCGGCGCCAUCGAAGUCGAAGUUGCCCGCGAUUGGAAAGUCGCGCAGUCUUUCCAACCUGCGGAACGUUGUCAGCGUGGACGACUCCACCACCGACCUGUACAGCGUGCCGCAGUCACCAGCAUCGAACGAAGAAGCAGCACAGAAGCGAAUCCGUGGCAGGACGCGGAAGUAUGGCGCUGACGCGAGUUCGCCGUCUUCGACGGGAAAUGACAAUUCAUCAUCUGCUUCCUCUGGUGCUUCGAGCGCCACUUCUCUGGAGACUUUUGCGAACGGCAAUAUCGCGCAAGGCAUCUGCGAUAUGUUGACCACUGAUAUUCAGCCUCAGGAACGAAUCACAAAGGUCUCGGUUUCAGAAACCAAGACAAGAGUCAAAGGCGUGUCCACGGCCUGCCUCGACGACGACGAGCGAUCUGAGUCGACAGACAAGGCAGAACAAAGUCGCACAGCGCUUCGCAGGAGUGUGCGAGGUGCGGUGGACGGGGCGACCCCACCGGUGACCAGUAUCGAGAAUGAAGAAGAGGACGAAGAGGGUAUCCGCCGCGGCACGCCUCGCACCCCUGGUGAUUACCAUCUCUGUCGGACUCUCCUCGCUACGACGUACCACCGCUGGGUCGAAUGCCGGAAUUGCGACGAAUUCUUUGUGCAAGAAGAAGCCUUCUUGACACGAAUUGCGUGCCCGCGCUGUGAGCGCCACAGUAAACUGUAUGGGUACUAUUGGCCUAAGACAGAGAAAGAAGGCAAGCAUGACACAGAAGAACGAGUCCUCGAUCAUCGUACGAUUCACCGGUAUAUUGAUCCUGAAGAGGAGCGCCAGGAACGCAAAGGACGAAAGACUCUGGCAGAGCUCCUGCGAGAUAAGCAGCUCAGCGAGAGCCGGGGCAGCGAAGAAAGCGAAUCGCCUGAGAACGUCAAGAUCACUCGCAGUCGGCAAUUCCGUAUCACUAGCAGGCUUCAGGAGCCUACGCCUGUGAGGAGCGAUAGCAACAGCAGGAGAGCCAAAGCGAGUUAGGGUGAUGAUUUAUUGUGACAGUACAGGUGUCGCCCACGAUGACAAGAUGGAAUGAAGCAUGAUUGAGAGCAUAGCUGUGAGGAGGAGAAGUGCGGGAGGGACAAUUUUCAAUUGGCGGCAUAGCAUUGCGAGGCAUUUCCUUCGCGUUGCGCUUUUAGCCCUCAUCUUCAUACAGACGCUUCCUAGCAGGCGUGGCAAGUCUGGGAUGGCAAAAUGUGCGCCACGACGCAGCAGCGUUACAGAAUAACGGAAGAUGAUGUACCAAUAUUGACAAUCUAAGCAUAUGAAGCAGCAGCAGAACACGAAAGCAGCAGCGAAUUUUUACCUGCGCGAUACCUUGCAAGUUCAGCUGUCGAAUCGAGCCUGGUCUAAGAUCACCAUCUUCUUCGCCACUUUCCCGCGUCACGCGAGGACUCCCACACGAGCUGAUCCUGUCUAUCUUAUGUAGGACAAACAUGACUGCAACACAACAGAAUACAC